UUAGCAGUUUAUAUUUACUAAAAUAAUUGCAUUUCCAUGUUCUGUGUACUGUGGUAGACCGGAUAUAGUGAAUGCAGGGUCCAGGGAGACCAGAUAUAGUGAAUGCAGGGUCCGGGGAGACCAGAUAUAGUGAAUGCAGGGUCCGGGGAGACCGGAUAUAGUGAAUGCAGGGGUCCGGGGAGACCGGAUAUAGUGAAUGCAGGGUCCGGGGAGACCGGAUAUAGUGAAUGCAGGGUCCGGGGAGAGUGGAUAUAGUGAAUGCAGGGUCCGGGAGAGCGGAUAUAGUGAAUGCAGGGUCCGGGGAGAGCGGAUAUAGUGAAUGCAGGGUCCGG